AGGGAUGGGCGAAUGAAUAUCUAGAAGCGCGAAACAAACCAUUGGGCCCAACGCAUCGUGCGUUGGAGGGCCCUAAAAGGCGCGUGCUCGGCUAGCAGCGCGAGGAGCAAUGGAGGUGGACCUCACAGGCGCAGAAGGGGACGACGGGGGCGAGGCGGGGGAGGCGGGGCAGCUGGCGAACACGCUGGAGGAGGUGGAGGCGGAGUUGGCUGAGGUCAAGUCGCAGCUGGAGUACCUCAUGCAGCGGCAGGACCAGCUGCGCGGCCGGCGCGAGCAGCUGCUGCGCCGCAUUGAGCAGGAGCGCCGCGCGCCAAAGGCGGACUGGCAGCAGCGGACCGGCUUUGCCUGGAGCGACCAAAUGGAUUCCACGUUGCGGGACGUGUUCGGACUACAUGACUACAGGCCUCUGCAGCGCGAGGUGAUGAACGCCUCGAUGCAGGGCCGCGACGUGCUGUGCCUGCUUCCCUCGGGCGGCGGCAAGAGCCUGUGCUACCAGCUGCCGGCGCUGCUGCGGCCGGGCCUGACGCUGGUAGUCAGUCCGCUGCUGGCGCUCAUUCAGGACCAGGUGCUGUCGCUGCGCGCGCUGAGCAUUGACGGCGCCUGCCUGACCAGCCUCAGCAGCAAGGAGGACGUGGCGGACGUGUACAGCAGGAUGGACCGCGGGCAGCUCAAGCUGCUGUACGUCACACCCGAGAAGAUUGUGUCGUCCAAGCGCUUCAUGAGCAAGCUCGAAAAGGCGCACCAGGCGGGCCGGCUGGACCGCAUCGCGAUCGACGAGGCGCACUGCGCCAGCCAGUGGGGUAACGACUUCCGACCGGACUACAAGAAGCUGGGUAUCCUCAAGCAGCAGUUCCCGCAGGUGCCCAUCCUGGCGCUCACAGCCACGGCCACACACCAGGUGUGUGAGGACCUCAAAGCCAUCCUGCGCAUCCAGGGCUGUGAAUUCUUCCGCGCCUCAGUCAACCGGCCUAACCUAUUCUAUGAGGUGCGGCCCAAGCCCGCGGCGGCGGCGGACAUGACUGCGGCCAUCGUGGCGUGGAUCCGGGAGCACUACCCGCGCGGCGAGUCCGGCAUCGUGUACUGUCUCACGCGCAAGGACUGUGAGGCCCUGGCGGCGGACCUGGCGGCGGCGGGGAUACGCGCGCGCCACUACCAUGCAGACAUGGAGCCGGGGCCGCGAGAGGCGGCGCACACGGCGUGGAGUGCGGGGCGGGUGCAGGUCAUGGUGGCCACCAUCGCCUUCGGCAUGGGCAUCAACAAGCCGGACGUGCGCUUCGUGAUCCACCACUCGCUCAGCAAGAGCGUGGAGAACUACUACCAGGAGUCGGGGCGAGCCGGGCGCGAUGGACUGCCGGCGCGGUGCCUGCUCUUCUACAGGUUCUCGGACGCGCUGCGGCAGGCCGCGAUCGUGUGUGUGGACCCCACCUGGCAGCCCAACCUCACAGCCAUGAUGCGCUACGCCUCCGCCGCGCCCAGCGCCCCAGCAGCCGCUGCGGCCGCCGGCAAAGGCGCGUCCGGAGCCUCGGGAGCAGGCGGCGGCGGCGGGCACCUGCAUCAGGCGGGCUGUCGGCGUGCGCUCAUUCACCGGCACUUUGCGGAGGCGCCCAGCGACUGCCGCGGCAUGUGCGACAACUGCUGCGCCGCCGCCGCCGUGGGGCCAGCCGGCGCGCCGCCGCCGCGCGAUCUGACGCAGCACGCCGUCGCCAUCCUGGCCAUACUGCGGCAGCAGCAGGCCAAGGAGAAGAAGGCCACGCUGCUGCAGCUGGUGGAGCUGUGGCGCAAGGAGCCGGGGCCGCUGGGCAAGGAGGCCAAGGCGCUCAGCAGGGACGACAACGAGGCGGUAGUGGCGGCGCUGGUGUACGAGGGGCUGUUGGAGUUCGAGUUCGGCUUCACAGCCUACGCCACCAACACCUACCUCAGGCCCUCCGGCCGCGGCAUCCACCUGCUUGAGACCGCGGGGGCGGCUGGAGGAGCCGCAGCCAGCGGCGCCAUCCCGCAGCACCUGCGGCUGCUGCUGCCUGCCUCGGCCCUGUCAGCCGCGGCAGGGGCAAGCCCCGGUCCCGGGUCCGCAAAGAAGGGCGGCGGCAAGGCCGCCGCGGCAGCGGCAGCGGCAGCGGCAGUUGCCGCCGCCGCAGCAGGCCCCAGCUCCGGUGGUGGCGGCGGCGGUGCAUACGGAGACGAGAACACGGAGGGGCCCGCGGCAGCGAGGUCGAGGGCCGCUGUGGAGGCGUGGCGCGCGUACCGUGCCCGUGUCAUGCGUGUGUUCCCGCACUCGGUCCUGUCGAGCGAGCAGCUGUCGGCGCUGGUGGCCCUGGCACAGCAGCAGCAGCAGCCGGUGGCGGAGUCGGCACUGCGCGAGGCAGUGGGCGUGCGCAGGCACGAGCUGUACGGCCCGGAGCUGGUGGAGGUGCUGGCGGGCCGCUUCGUAGUGCCGCCAGAGGCCGAGGCGGAGGCGGAGGCGGAGGCCGAGGCCCAAGGGCUGGCCCGCGCGGCAGCAGGUGCAGGCGGAGAUGCAGGCGGAGGCCGGGGCGCGCCUGGCAGCGCGGCGGCGGGGCCGCCAGCGCCCAAGCAGCGGCCCACAUCCGGGGCACCAUCGGGUGGCGGCGGCGGCGAUGACGAGGACGAGGUGGUUGUGGUGUCGGAUGAUUCGGAUGACGUGGAGCUGCAGGGGCCGGGGGCGGGGCCGGUCGUCACGGGCGCGGUAGCUGCCGCGAAGGCGCCGCCGAAGGCUGGCGCCGCCGCGGCAGCGGGGCCGCGGCCGGUUCGGCAAGCUGCGCGGCCGCCGUCUGGGUCUGGUCGCGCAGCCGGGGCUGCGGCCGCGGAGGACGAAGGGGGCGGCGAUGAGUCGGACGGCUACGAUGACGACGACGGUGAUGACUUCGUGGCGGAUGAGGAUGAGGAUGAGGAUGAGGAUGGGGGCGAGCCGCUGAACAAGCGGCGGCGGCGGUGACGGUGCGGCAGCAGCCGCGUUGUUAGUAAGGCAUGGAUCAUGGGGUCGACAGGGGGCGCUGGACCGGGACCCGGAACACCUUGCAUGUAAUUGAUUGCCGCAUUGGCAUGGGGCAAGUAGUAGGCCCUGCCGUUUGAAGCCUGCCGUUGAUGAUGACUGGGUGCUGGCACAGGGGCACUGCAGGAGCGAAGGUGCGGGGUGUGCGGCCCAUUGCCAUCACGCGCACGCAUGGCGGGCAUAUCGCUAGGUGACUGCCUAAGAGGCGGGGGCUGCGGGGCAUGCAUGGUGACUGAGGGGGUUGCCGCUGGGGUUGCCGAUGCGUAGUGCCUUAGCGGAUGUUAGACUGCGAGCACGAUAGGAACUUACUGGCGGCUGGGGCCGGUUACGAGGUCAAGCGGCUGUGAUGGUGGCAAACUCGUCACUGCAAGCCUUUAACGGCGCUGCACUGACGGUGAUGUGAACGUGGUGGUCUUGCACGGUUCCCUACCUCUUCUACUGCACGUCUUGCAGAUUUAGAGAAGGCUCAGAACUGCUCAGAUUAGGGCUGGAGUGCACGCAUACGCGCAUUUGGACUGAGAAAGUGGCCCAAACUACUAAGGCACGCACGCCUCAGCCGUCACAUCAUGCAUAGAAAUGUAAGGUCG